CUUCCGCUCUCUUUUCGUUGAGGCUCAGCUAGCGGCCGGCCUGCAAUCAUGCAGAUCUUCGUGAAGACUUUGACGGGGAAGACCAUCACCCUCGAGGUUGAGCCCAGCGACACUAUCGAAAAUGUCAAGGCUAAGAUCCAGGAUAAGGAAGGAAUUCCCCCUGAUCAGCAGCGUCUGAUUUUCGCCGGCAAACAGCUGGAGGAUGGGCGCACACUUUCUGACUACAACAUCCAGAAAGAAUCCACACUGCAUCUGGUCCUCCGUCUGCGUGGUGGCAUCAUCGAGCCUUCUCUGAGACAGCUGGCCCAGAAGUACAACUGCGACAAGAUGAUCUGCCGCAAGUGCUAUGCCCGUCUGCACCCACGUGCUGUUAACUGCCGCAAGAAGAAGUGUGGACACACCAACAACCUGCGCCCCAAGAAGAAGCUGAAGUAGAUAUUUUGGCUGAGUUGGCUUUACAUGCCAUUUUGUGUUAAAAUAAAUGUAAGAAAACUC